AUGGAAAUUGAGCUAAGCAAUCAACUUUGUUAAUAGAUUGAAAUAGAAAUACUAAAAGUAAUAGAUAAAUGUUAAGAGCUAUUUUCUACAUUUAGUACUAAUGCAAAAAAGAACAUAGAAAUUGUGCUAUUGGUAGGAACAACAGGAGCAGGGAAGAGCACAUUAUUUAACUUUCUUAGUGGAGCUGAUUUCAAAAUUCAGGAUAGAGAAUUGAAAUUAAAAAACCCUUCAAAUAAGUUUUCAGAGAUGAAAGGUGGAAUGAGCUCUGUUACAAAAGAACCUAAAUAUCAUUUUAAUUCUGAAUAUAACCAUUUUUUAAUUGACUUCCCUGGUUUUUAAGAUACUGAUGGAGAAUUAGAUCAACUUUUAAUGGAGCUAUUGUUUUAAAAGGUUGUCACAUCAAUGCCUAUUAAAGUUGUAUAUGUUUUGAAGAACAAUGAAAGCACUCUACCUAAUAGAGGAAUAUAAAUAAUAGAAUUUGUUGAUCAACUUUUUAAGAAUAGUAAUUUAAGCAUUAAUAAAUUUAAUCUACUAUUGAAUUGCUAUUUAGAAAAUUUAUCAGAUGAAGAAUUGAUAAGAAAUAUUAGAAUGGAAUUGAAAUAAGCUAAUAAGAAUAAUUAUAUAGAUAAUAUUCUUAUAGUCAGAAAAGUAUUGAAUUCUGAAGAUUUAAAUAUUUAUUUUGCAAAUGGAAAAAGAAAUGAAUAAUGGUAAAAAUUAGAAUAGAUAAAACCAAUUCAAUUGAAACCUAAAACAAUUCCAAAAACAGAUAUAUUUUCAAAAUAUCUACGAUAAUAAAUAUUAUUGACUGUUGAUGAAUAUGAUGAUAUUAUCACUAGGAAUGUCGAUUAAUUAUGCCAGGGAAAUAGUGAUCCAAAAAAUGAUGGACAAAUUAAAUAAGCAAUAUCUCUGAUAGAAAAUAUUGUCAAAGAAAAAACAACUGAUAUUUCUUAGUGGUAUACAAAUUUUAUUUAAACUUGUGAAAAAAUCCCAGGAGAUUAAAAAAUUCAAAAAAAUGUGAAUAAUUUGAAGCAGAUUUUACAUUAUUGUUCACAAUUUUCUAAUUAAAUAGAAAAUUACUCUGAAGUUGUUUUAUCUAUCCAAAGGGCUUAAUAAUAAUUCUAAGCACUUUAAAAACAUUUCAUUUAAAAAAUUGAACGUUAACAACAAUAAAUUGAAAUGUAAGCUAGAAUCACAGAUCUUGAGGAAGAUGGAAUGUAAUUACAAUAAGAUCUUAAAGAAUAAAGAUAAUAAAAUCAAAAUAGUUAAUUAGAAAUAGCAAGAUAAAAUCAGAGUAUCUAAAAUUAAUAAUAAUAAAUUAACUAUUAAUAGAUUUUGAAUCAAAGAUUAGAAGAUAGAGUGGAAGCUUCAUAAGAAUAAAAUAGAUAGCUAUAAAAUAAUAUCUUAGAAGUAAGAAAAGAAUAAGAAAGAAGAGAAGCUGAAUUUAGAACAAUUUUGGCUCAAUAAUAACAGGAAAGAGAAAAUAUGAAUGCUUAAAUGAGAUAAAGAGAAAUAGAGUAAAGAUAUGAAAGAACUAUCUAAGAACAAUAGUAAUAAUUGGUUUAGUAGUAAAGGAGAACUGAUGAACUGCAUGAAUAAGUGAAUAAUUUAAUAUCAGAGAUAUCAACCUCUAGAAGUAGAAAUAGAGGUAAAGGCAAAGGCAAAGGCAAAGGCAAAUGCAGAAGAAGAUGA